AUGGAAGUGGAACAGAAGUUUGAAGGGCUAAAAGCACACUCUGCAUUAAGUCUUCAAAUUUAUUUGAGAAUGGAUAGGGUUGAUCUUGCCUUCAAAGAACUUAAAUGCAUGCAGGAAAAAGAUGAUGAUGCCACAUUAACCCAAUUAGCACAAGCAUGGGUCAAUAUUUUUAUGGGUGGAGAGAAAUUGCAAGAUGCUUAUUAUAUCUUCCAAGAGAUGUGUGAUAAAUAUGGCAGCACUCCUUUGCUGCUAAAUGGACAGGCUGUGUGCUUCCUUGGUCAAGGAAAACACGAGGAAGCUGAGGCUGCUCUGCAGGAGUCCAUGGAUAAAGAUAGCAAUAGUCCGGACUCUCUUAUUAAUAUGAUUGUUUUGUCCCAACACAGUGGAAAACCUCCAGAGGUUUCUAAUAGAUUCCUGAGUCAGCUGUUGGACUGCCACACAGAACAUCAAUUUGUUAAAGACUAUCUCCAAAAAGAAAGUGAAUUUGAUCGAUUGGCAAAAGAAUAUGCACCAGUAAAGUGAUGGUAACUGUGUAAUUAAUCCAUUUUGUUUGAUUUAACAUUCAGUUUUGUCUGUAAUGUUGGAAGGUGUUUCUAAAUUAUAAUUUCAUGUUGGAUCUACUUUAUCAACUGUUUAUAUAGUAGCAGUUAGUACGAUGAAAUCUAUGCAUUUAAAAUGUUAUGUUGUUUAUUUGUAUUAGUUUUAUGUUCAUGUUUCAGAAUGGAAACAUUCCAAAUAUAAAUUUGUGUAACUUCA